AUGGGACGGACCAUUCAAAGCUCUCAAGGGCUAGAUCAGGCUUCGCGUGAAGUCAUCUGCGACAUGAUUGGUGCUUGGCCAAGGCAGCAAUCCAACAGCCUCACUGUUGGUCGUCGUUUCGAGCUCAGUUCCAAGUUCCAAUUCGCCACCUCCUUCUUAUCGGGUGAAAACAACCUCUGCUCGGCCUGUGCGUCCAUCGACUUUGAUUCCUUCAUUCAUCAUGCCAAAGGUGUGGUGGGCAAAUCGUUACACGACAUCGACAAGCGCUAUCUCGGACUAGAUUCUCCAGACUCCCCAUUUGCGCUGCUAGUAUGUGAUGACAACGGCGCGGUAGAGAUGGUAGGCAUUGAAGUCGAUCACGUCGAGAAGACCUCUGCUUGUCCCUGUUACGAUGUUUUCAAGGAUCGUCAAGUUAAAGGUUACCACACUUACCUUGUGUAUUACUUGCACUCUUCGCGAAAACAGUAUGAUCUACGAAUGAAGAACAAAAAACUUGCUCGUCCACAUCUCAAAGUGUGUUCUUUGGUUGAAGUUGACCGUAAGCCAAGUCCGAGUGACGGUUUAACGGCGAGAUACAUCAGAACCUGCCCCAUGGAUCGCACUUUCAAGUUGGUCCAACCCGGCCAGCCAGAUCCCAAACUGUCAGCAGACUUGUUAUCCAUCAAGUCUGCCUUGGCGCGCGAGGCUUGCCGGCAUCAUCUCAAAUCAGAGGGAGGUCAGAAUUGGGAAGCAUUGUUUCGACAGGGACUACCUGGGUGGAGUGUCAUAGACUGCUUCACGGACAAAAUUCUCAACCUCGAGGAUUGCGUUGCGUCGGCGGGGUCCUUCGAUGCAGUCGAGUACGCUACCCUGAGUUAUGUCUGGGGGUCCGCACAGAGCGAUUGUCCAAGGCUUGAUCGCAAACUGCCCGCAUCCGUGCCUCGAGUCAUCGAAGAUGCAAAGACUGCAACGGCUUCGCUAGGAUUCCGGUAUCUUUGGGUCGAUCGCUAUUGUAUCCCUCAACGUUGUGCAAAAGAAGCCCUCGACCAGAUCUGCAACAUGAACCUCAUCUAUGCCCGGUCCUGCAUCACCAUCGUUGCUGCAGCAGGCCAAUGUCCGGACUACGGUCUUCCUGGGGUUGGGAAGACACUGCGAAAAGUACUUGACACUUUCCAAAUCGGACCUCAUACCAUCAGACGAAUGCCCACCGGUACAAAAUGGGUUGUGCAGCAGAUCCAGCACUCCAAGUGGAAUACGAGAGCUUGGACUUGUCAGGAGGCAGCUUUAUCAACGAGGCGACUGUACUUCACCGACCACUUUGCCCUUUUGGAGAAUGGAAAUCAGGGAGAAAGCUACAUUGAAGGCUUGCCGAAUCAACUUUGCCCAAAGAACGGGACCGCAUGGGAUGGUAUGAAUGCGUUAGGUUCUAUUCCCCACGCGGGAAGCUAUGCAACCCGGGAGCUUUCUUUCGAGGCAGACGUCUUUCGCGCAUUUCAAGGAUGUCAGUCUCAUUACAACCAUGUCCACAUGGGGACAUCUGUCUUGUUUUGUGGAAUAAGGAUAGGAAAUGAUUGCGAAUUUUCGUCGGCUUUGCUUUGGGAAAAGCCAGCAUCUUCGUCUCGGCCCCAAAGACGCGCUGGGGGGCAGAGUUGGACGUGGCUGGGAUGGCAUGUGUCACGGAACUCUGAGUUAUCGAGAUAUAGCCCAUGGGCUCCAUGCUACGAAUUGCAGGUGAGCCAUUAUGCGAGUUUUGUGCCUGCUGCACAAGUUUCACUUCGGUAUGCGGAUGGGUUCACCUUCAAGUGGGCUUCCAUGACGAAGGAGCGGAUCUACAAGUUGAUGGACGACCGAGAUGAGGGCACCAUAGAGUUCAUCCUUGUAACAGGACUGACUUUCGGAUUCAAAGCGUUGCGGUCCAUGUCUAGUCAAGAGGAAUAUAUCGCCAGGGCUGGGUCACGGGCGAACACCAGCCCAGGCCUUAAGAGAGCCAUUGUUCAGUGGCCAUGUUUCAAUGACUUGGACGAAAUUGCACGGGAAUCUUACGGCAUUUCGCAAAAUGAAUUGUUAGAUGAGUCUCGAGCUCUUUGCCUUUGCAUUAGGUCGUGUAUCUUUGGGGGACACGGUCAACUCCAUUGUCUGGGAUUGGUGUCGUCCGAUGGCGGGUCGACUUGGCAGAGAUUGAGCAUGUUCAAGAUCAGUUUCGGAAAAUGUAGGACACACGUAUGUCCGGACGCUUUCGGGUGGGAACGGAGGGAGCUCAAGAUACGCUGA